GGGGGGGGGGGGGGCGAAUCAGCCCUCGCUACGGGCGGUAAGGUCACCACCCCCCACCUGCACACAGCAGACAGCACGCACCGCGCCUCUCCUUUUGUGUCCGAGGCCGGCCUCGGCUGACCCGUCGGUCUCCCCUUCCGCCUCUCCACUUCGCCCUCCCACAGUGACCUGACCAUCGCCUUGUCCGCUUCUCCGAAGUGAAGCAAAACCCUCCUCCUCCUCCGCCCCACGCGCUAGGGUUUUUGCGCGGCGUAGGGGAGGGGGCAGCGGCGUGGGAGGAGGACGGCGACGGCGAACGCUGUGCGGACGGGCGCCGCCGGCGAGCGGUGGCGCGCCUGAGAAAUGGAGGAGGAUCAGUCUUCAAUACUGGUUGCCGAAGGAGCCAUCAAGAGCAUCAAGCUUAGCCUCUCCACUGAGGAGGAGAUAUUUACCUAUUCGGUAAACGAUUGUCCUGUUACCCAUCCGAGUCAGCUUGGUAAUCCAUUCCUUGGGUUGCCCCUCGAAGCUGGAAAAUGUGAAUCUUGCGGUGCCUCAGAAAACGACAAAUGCGAAGGGCAUUUUGGGUACAUCGAGCUACCUGUACCCAUAUACCAUCCUUGUCAUGUUAGUGAGCUGAGGCAGCUUUUGAGCUUGAUAUGUUUGAAGUGCCUUCGAAUCAAGAAGGGGAAGGUUAAACAGAGCAAUGGAAAGGAAAAUGUGUCAGCAACAUCAUGCUACUCUUGUCGGGAUCUUCCAGCGCUGUCUUUGAAGGAAAUAAAGACAACAGAUGGUGCGAUUCGUUUAGAGUUGAGAGCACCUCCUAGGAAACACAUGAGAGAAGGUUCAUGGAACUUCCUUGAUAAAUACGGAUUUCACCAUGGUGGAUACUCCCACAUUAGGCCGUUGCUUCCAGAAGAGGCUCUGAAUAUAUUGAAGAAGAUUCCGGAUGAUACUAGAAAAAAGCUAGCUACACGGGGAUACAUUGUUCAGUCUGGGUAUGUGAUGAAGUACCUUCCAGUACCUCCAAACUGUCUCUAUAUUCCAGAGUUCACUGAUGGGCAGAGCAUCAUGUCCUAUGAUAUUUCAAUAGCUUUGUUGAAGAAGGUGCUUCAAAAGAUAGAGCAGAUAAAAAGAUCAAGAUCUGGUUCCCCAAACUUUGAAUCACACGAAGCUGAAUCAUGUGAUCUACAACUUGCUAUUGGCCAAUACAUAUAUCUAAGGGGCACUACAAGGGGUCCUCAAGACAAUACCAAGAGAUUUGCAGUUGGCACCGAUUCAGCUGCAUUGUCGACAAAACAGUGGUUGGACAAGAUGAAGACUCUGUUUAUCAGCAAAGGGUCAGGUUUUUCAUCACGUAGUGUUCUCACCGGAGAUCCCUACAUUCCAGUGGAUGUAGUUGGGCUGCCUUCUGAAGUGGCAAAAAGAAUGACUUUUGAAGAACAGGUAACAGACAUCAAUAUCAACAGGCUGCAAGAGGUGGUUGACAAGGGACUAUGUUUGACCUACAGAGAUGGUCAAGCAACCUAUGCCAUCACUGUAGGAUCAAAAGGGCAUACCACACUUAAAGUUGGUCAAACGAUCAGUAGGAGAAUAGUUGAUGGGGAUGUAGUCUUUCUUAAUAGGCCCCCCAGUACUCACAAGCAUUCUCUCCAGGCUUUUUAUGUAUACGUCCACGAUGACCAUACAGUCAAAAUCAAUCCUCUUAUAUGUUCUCCUUUUGCGGCAGACUUCGAUGGUGAUUGCGUGCAUAUCUAUUAUCCACAGUCCCUUGCUGCAAAAGCUGAAGCAUUGGAGCUUUUCAGCGUGAGAAAUCAACUAACUAGUUCCCACAGUGGGAAGGUUAAUCUGGAGCUAGGUAAUGACAGUUUGCUAGCUCUGAAACAUAUGUCUUCUAGAACCAUGUUAAGGAAAGAGUCUGCUAACCAGUUGGCGAUGUUUGUGUCGUUUUCACUUCCGGGCCCUGUUGUAGUCAAGUCAAUUCCCUCUUGGACAAUCACACAAAUAGUGCAAGGUGCAUUACCAGCUAAUUUAACUUGCCAAGGGGACAAACACCUAAUUAGGGACAGUACUGUUAUAAAGCUGGAUCUUGACAAAGAAUCUGUUCAGGACUCAUUCUCAGAUUUGGUGUCUUCUAUUCUUUGCGAGAAGGGUCCAGGAGUGGCUCUGCAAUUUCUGAAUGUGCUACAGCCAUUAUUGAUGGAAUUUUUACUUCUGGAUGGUUUUAGUGUAAGCCUGCAAGAUUUUAAUGUUCCCAAGUCUCUAUUGGAGGAAGCACAGAAAAACAUUCAGAAACAGUCCCUUAUCCUUGAACAGUCAAGGGGCUCCAAAAGUCAAUUUGUGGAAAUGCGAGUUGAAAACAAUCUGAAGGGCGUCAAACAACAAAUUUCGGAUUUUGUUGUGAAACGCUCUGAUCUUGGACUGCUGAUUGAUCCAAAAAAGGACUCUGCAGUGUCAAAGGUGGUUCAGCAGCUUGGUUUUGUUGGCCUGCAACUUUAUCGUGAGGGGAAAUUAUACUCAACCCGCCUGGUAGAGGAUUGCUUUUCAAAUUUUGUGAAUAAACACCCAGCCAUUGCUGAUGAGCAACCUCCAGAGGCUUAUGGUCUUGUGCGAGGUUCAUAUUUUCAUGGUCUCAAUCCUUACGAAGAGCUGGUACAUGCUAUAUCCACAAGAGAAGUUAUUGUCCGCUCCUCAAGAGGGUUGACUGAACCUGGAACUCUGUUCAAGAGUUUAAUGGCCAUCUUGCGGGAUGUAGUUAUAUGCUACGAUGGAACUGUGAGAAACAUCUGCAGCAAUUCAAUCAUACAGCUCAAGUAUAUGGAAGGUGAUGAGACUGAUUUUCCAAGUGACUUACCUCCUGGUGAACCCGUGGGUGUCUUAGCUGCCACAGCUAUCUCGAAUCCUGCAUACAGGGCUGUCUUGGAUUCGUCUCAGAGUAACAAUGCUUCGUGGGAGUUAAUGAAGGAAAUACUUCAGACAAAAGUUGGCUAUAAAAAUGACAUCAAAGAUCGAAAAGUUAUCCUGUUUCUGAAUGACUGCUCUUGCGCCAAGAAGUUUUGCAAGGAAAGGGCUGCUAUUGCAGUACAGGGUUGUCUUAGGAGAUUCACCCUAGCAGAUUGUGCUACUGAUAUCUGCAUUGAGCACCAGAAGCAAAUAAGUUUAGAUGGAACAUCUGAAACUGCCCCAACUCUUGUAGGCCAUAUUCACCUAGACAAGGCACAGUUAGAAAGGAUAAACAUAAGUACUCAAGAUAUUCUCCAAAAAUGCCAAGAAGUUUCUGUGAGAUAUGGGAAGAAGAAAGGACAUCUUUGCCACCUGUUUAAAAAGAUUACUUUCGCUACUUGUGAUUGUUCAUUCACACAGAAGCCAAUUGAUGGAAAGCUACAUAAGAUUCCAUGUUUGCAGUUCUCCUUCUCUGAUGACAACACCAUAUUAUCUGAAUCUGUUGAGAGAGCAGUGAAUGUGCUUGCUGAUUCUGUCUGCUCAGUGCUUUUGGAUACAAUUAUAAAAGGUGAUCCUCGAAUUCAAGUGGCUAAAAUUAUCUGGGUUGAAUCAAAUGCAACCUCUUGGGUAAAGAACACACAGAAGGUAUCGAAGGGCGAGCCAGCGUUAGAAAUCAUUGUUGAAAAAGAUGAAGCUUUACGCAAUGGUGAUGCCUGGAGAACAACAAUUGAUGCCUGCAUACCUGUUCUUAACCUUAUUGACACACAAAGGUCCAUCCCUUAUGGUAUUCAACAAGUCAGGGAACUUCUUGGUAUCUCAUGUGCCUUUGAUCAAGUUGUGCAGCGGCUUUCAACAACUAUAAAAAUGGUUGCUAAAAAUGUCCGCAAGGACCAUUUGAUACUUGUGGCGAACAGCAUGACAUGCACUGGAAACUUGAAUGGGUUCAAUACUGGUGGUUAUAAGGCAACUUUCCGUUCAUUAAAAGUUCAAGUGCCUUUCACAGAGUCCACUUUAUUUACCCCUAUGAAAUGCUUUGAGAAGGCUGCAGAAAAAUGUGAUUCUGAUUCAUUGGGCUGUGUAGUUUCUUCAUGCUCAUGGGGCAAGCAUGCUGCAAUUGGUACUGGGUCAUCUUUUCAGAUUCUUUGGUACGAAAAUCAGCUGAAAAGCAACAAGGAGUACGGUGAUGGGCUGUAUGAUUUCUUAGCUUUGGUCAGGACUGAUCAAGAAAAAGCAGGGUACACGUUCUUGGAUGAUGUUGACUACCUUGUAGAGGAGAACGCGGUAGAUGAUGUGUGCUUAUCUCCUGAGCUGGAUGGGACCCUUGGUAAGCCCACCUUUGAGGAUAAUUUUGAAGAGCAAGAUAUUCAGAAAGGCAGCUCAUGGGAAAAUGGCACAACGAUGAACUCGAGUUGGGAACAAAAUGCAAGUGGUGGGAAUGAUUCUGGUGAUUGGGGAGGCUGGAAUAAUGGAGCUGCAGCAGCUGCAAAACAACCAGACCAAGCUAAUUCAUGUUGGGAUGUGCCUGCACCGGUGGAGGACAAUUCCAAUGAUUGGGGAGGAUGGGGCACCGAAAAGCUGAAUGACAAGAAGCUUGUAUUUGGAGAACCAGCUGAACUUGAUACUUGGUCUGAAAAGGGUGCCAAAAUGGAAUCAGAUGGUGGUGAUAGUAACUGGGAGAAGAAGUCCAGUGCUCAUGAGGAAUUAAAGAAAAGUGUGGAUCAAGACCCCUGGGGAAACAUGUCAGCAUCAUCAUCAGAAAAUACAUGGGACAAAAGGAAAGGAGAUGGAGAUGAUGGUGCCUGGGAGAAGCAAAUGGGCUCUUGCAAGAAUGUGGAUCAGGACUCUUGGGGUAACAAGACAACAUCACCGUCAAGCAAUGUGUGGGACAAAAAGAAGUCUGAUGAAGGUCAUGGUAACUGGGAGAAGCAAUCGAACAAUUGGAAUGAGCAGAGGUUGAAUGUAGAUCAGGACUCCCGGGGCAGUGCAUGGGGCAAAAAGAAGUCAGAUGGUGGUGACAAUCUAUGGGAGGAGCAGCCCGGCACUUACAAACGGAAGAAGAUAAACACGGAUCGUGAUUCUUGGGGUAACAUGAUGUCACCACCAUCGAGCAAUGCAUGGGCUGCUGAUGAGGGAGAUGGAAGAUCAAAUACCAAGUCUGAUGCAAGGUCCAGUUGGGGCAAUAAUCGGGGUUCAAAAGAACCUGCUGAUACCAAGAGAGAUAAGAUGGAGACUGAUGAGCAUUCAAAACUCCCAAAAGAAUCGGAUCCCUGGAAUACAGGUAAAUCAAAUAAAAUUUCCUGGGAGAAGUCUAAUUCACUACAGGAUUCCUGGGGUAGCAGUGCAAUUCACAACAAUAACACGCAGGAGGGUUCCUGGGACAAAAUGGCUGUAAAGGAUACCAAUACACAGCAAGAUUCAUGGGAUAAUGUAGCAAUCCAGAAUAACGAUGCACAGAAUGAUUGCUGGGACAGUGUAGCAGCAAAGGCUCAGCCUUCAACUGAACAGGAUUCCUGGGGUAAUCCAACACCAUCGGACAAUUCACAAAAUGCUGCUCUGGUUUCCCAAGGAACCACAAAUUCAGAUGCAAAGCAAUCAGGUUCUUGGGAUGGCUGGAAUGCUGCCCCUGAGAACUCAUCGAACACUGAUAAAUGGAAUGAGGCAAAUGAUUCUAGCAACAACAAAGGCUGGAAAUCAGAUGGAUGGGGUGCCAAAACUGGUAACUGGAGAGGUGAAAGAAACAAUGCUGGGAGACCCCCGAGACCUGAUGAGAGGGGUCCACCAAUGCCAAGACAACGGUUUGAACUAACAACUGAGGAGAAAAACAUUCUUCUAGAAGUUGAGCCCAUUGUGCUGUGUGUCAGAAGGAUCUUCCGUGAAGCAUGUGAUGGUGUUAGACUUCCACCAGAAGAUGAAAAGUUUAUCCAAGAGAAUGUUCUUGAGCACCACCCUGAAAAACAAAGAAAGGUGUCUGGUGAAAUCGACCAUAUAAUGGUCGACAAGCACCAAACUUUCCAGGAUACCCGGUGCUUUUUUGUUGUCUCUACAGAUGGAUCACGUUCAGAUUUCUCUUACUUGAAGUGCAUGGAGAACUUCGUGAGGAAGAACUACACCGAGGAUGUUGACUCAUUCUGCACGAAGUACUUACGGCCUCGUCGCAGGCAAGCACCAGCAGCUGAUGGAGGGAUGGCACCACGGUCUACCACAGCUGAGACCGAGCAAGGGACUCUAGCUCCACCAGAGACUCAGCUACAGACUCCAGCCCCUCCAGCGGCGACUCCUCCACCAGAGACGCCAGCUUCUCCAGUAGCGGCUCCACAAGAGAUUCCCAAUCCAGAUUCAACGGGAGAUGCUGGGAUUCUGUCGAUGGGGCCUGAUCUGAAUAACUGAUGCUUAGGGUGUGCAAAGCAGUUGUAUGGAAACUCACCAGACUUGUGCUCUGAGCAUGUCCCUUGCUAAUCUGUCUACUUCCCCCGACUGUCUAGAGAGGUGGCAGCGGCGAAAACUCUGUAGAUUCUGGAGUAUGUUAUGCUGCCUACCGUAGCAGUAUCUAGUUCUCUCCCCCCUUCGAUAUCUGUGACAAUGCUGUGACUACCUGUUGGUAAGCCUUGUGAUUUCUGGUUGCGGCAACCUCGAGAUGAUGCUGAACUAGGAAGCCUCGGGACUAUGUUUGGUGCAGUUUCAGUUUGAUCUUGUUACCAGUCCAGGAGCUAUCAUAUCUGCGAAUCAGCAGAAGAGCCUUGCUCUCCAGAGAUUAACUUGUUGAAGGCUGAUGCUCGCACAGCAUGUGUUGAAGAUACAAAACAAAAUUCAUAUCCAGUUUUAGCCGUUUGGAAGCAGGCUCUUUCUGUUUC